AUGUCCGCCUCCACCCGCAUCCCCGUCAUCGCCCAACCCUUCGUCAGCGACCGGGCCAAGCGUACCCUCGACCAGGUCGAACAAUUCGUCGAAAAAGAAUGCAUCCCCUCGGAACCCAUCUUCCGCGCGCAACUCGGCACCGGCGACCAACGCUGGUCGACCUACCCAGCGAUCAUGGAAACGCUGAAACAGAAGGCGCGCGAACAAGGCCUCUGGAACAUGUUCCUACCCAAGAACCACUUCUCGCAGGGGGCCGGGUUCAGUAACCUCGAGUACGGGCUGAUGGCAGAGUACCUGGGCAAGAGCACGAUUGCAUCGGAGGCGACGAACAACGCCGCCCCGGACACGGGUAACAUGGAAGUGCUAGCGAAGUAUGGUAACGCGCAGCAGAAGAAGGAGUGGUUGGAGCCUCUCCUGGAGGGAAAGAUCCGGUCUGCGUUCCUCAUGACGGAGCCGGAGGUCGCCAGUAGUGAUGCUACUAAUAUUCAGUUGGAGAUUAGGAGGGAGGGGGAUGAGUGGGUGCUUAAUGGUUCUAAAUGGUGGUCCUCCGGCGCAGGCGACCCGCGAUGCGCCGUCUACCUCGUAAUGGGCAAGACGGACCCUUCGAACCCAGACCCGUACAAACAACAAUCCGUGAUUCUGGUGCCGGCGCACAACACCCCAGGGAUCACCGUGCACCGAAUGCUAACCGUGUACGGGUACGACGACGCCCCGCACGGCCACGGGCACAUCACAUUCAAGAACGUGCGGGUGCCAGCCUCCAACAUCGUCCUCGGCGAAGGCCGCGGCUUCGAGAUCAUCCAGGGUCGACUGGGGCCCGGACGGAUCCACCACGCGAUGCGGACCAUCGGGGCGGCUGAGAAGGCCCUGGAGUGGAUGAUUGCGCGGAUCAACGACGAGCGGAAGAAGCCGUUCGGGCAGAAUCUGUCUUCGCAUGGGGUGAUUCUGGAGUGGGUGGCUAAGUCGCGGAUUGAGAUUGAUGCGGCGCGGUUGAUUGUGUUGAAUGCGGCGAUUAAGAUUGAUCAGGGAGAUGCGAAGAGCGCGUUGAAGGAGAUUGCUCAGGCUAAGGUCAUGGUUCCGACGAUGGCGUGCGGGGUUAUUGAUCGCGCGGUGCAGGCGUAUGGCGCUAUGGGCGUUUGUCAGGAUACGCCGUUGGCGUAUAUGUGGGCGUGGGUGAGGACGUUGAGGAUUGCGGAUGGGCCGGAUGAGGUGCAUUUGUUGCAGAUGGGCCGGAGGGAGAAUAAGAGUAGGAAGGAGGAGGUGAGGAGGAAGUUGAAGUGGCAGGCUGAGGAGGCGGAGAGGUUGUUGGGGGUUAGUGUUGCUGCUGGGGGGAAGAGUCGGUUGUAA